AUGGUGGAUGGAGGCUGUGGUGGGUUUGACUGUGGUGGAGGCUAUGGCGUUGGCGUUGGAGUGGGUCUCACAGAAGAAGGCAAAAAGAGAAAGGAAGAAGCAGCGGGGUGUUCCAUUUUUGGGUCUGGGUUUGAGAAAGAAAAAUCAGAAUCGGAAGUGUUUAUUGAAUUCCGAAAGGUUUCGGACGGAAAUUGGAAUGGCUAUUUCCAAUCCGAUCUGUCCGAAUUACAAGCCUAA